UCACUGACUCACUUACUCACUCACUCACUCACUCACUCACUCACUCACUCACUCAUUUACUCACUCACUUGAUCACUCAAUCACUCACUCGAUCACUCACUCACUUGAUCGUUGACUCACUUACUCACUCACUCCAACACUCAAUCACAUACUCGCUCACUCACUGACUCCAUUACUCACUUGAUCAUUCACUCGCUUGAUCACUCACUUAUUUGAUCACUCACUUGAUCAUUGACUCACUCCAUCACAUACUCGCUAUCUCACUCACUUAUUUGAUCACUCACUCCAUCACUCACUCACUCACUCACUCACUCAAUCAAUCACCCACUCCAUCACAUACUCGCUAUCUCACUCACUUGUUUGAUCACUCACGCACUCACUCGCUCACUCACUCACUCACUCACUCAAACAACCACGCACUUAAUCUCUCACUCGAUCACUCACUCACUCACUGGAUCACUCACUCACCCACUCACUCGAUCACUCACAUGAUCAUUCACUCACUAUCUUACUCACUCACUCGAUCAUUCAAUCACUCGAUCACUCACUCACUCGAUCAAUAAAUCACUUACUCACUCGAUCACUCACGCACUCACACGAACACUCGAUUACUCACUCACUAUCUUACUCACUCACUCGAUCACUCAAAAACUUGAUUACUCACUCACUCACUCACUCACUCACUCACUCACUCACUCACUCACUCACUCACUCACUCACUCACUCACUCGAUCAUUGACUCACUUACUCGAUCACUCACUCACUCUCUCUCUCUCACUCACUCACUAACUCGAUCACUCACUCACUCUCUCACUCACUCAUUCACUCACUCUCUCACUUACCUACUUGUGCAUUGAUUGAUGUAUCCAUUCAUUGACUUAAUAUGAUGUGUAGGGUGGUGUUGGUCCUGCUGGUCUUUUGGGUGCUCACGGACCGCCGGGUCUGCAGGGAAUGCCUGGAGAAAGAGGAACACCCGGUGUGUCUGGACCUAAGGGUGACAGAGGAGACAAUGGUGAUAAAGGACCUGAGGGAGCUCCUGGAAAAGAUGGUGCAAGAGGUUUAACUGGUCCUCUCGGUCCUCCUGGUCCCGCUGGACCCAACGGUGAGAAGGGUGAAUCUGGACCCGCGGGACCCUCUGGAGCUGCCGGUAGCCGCGGAGGUCCUGGUGACAGAGGAGAGACCGGUCCUCCUGGUCCUGCUGGUUUUGCUGGUCCACCUGGUGCAGAUGGACAGCCUGGUGUUAAAGGUGAACAGGGUGAGGGUGGACAGAAAGGUGACGCUGGUGCUCCCGGCCCUCAGGGACCCUCUGGAGCUCCAGGUCCUCAGGGGCCAACUGGUGUUUCUGGACCAAAGGGAGCACGUGGUGCUCAAGGACCUCCUGGUGCUACAGGUUUCCCUGGAGCUGCAGGUCGAGUUGGACCACCGGGCCCCAAUGGUAACCCAGGUCCCGCUGGUGCUGCUGGUCCUCCAGGCAAAGAUGGACCGAAGGGUGUGAGUGGUGAUGGUGGUCCUCCUGGAAGACCGGGUGAUGCUGGUUUACGUGGACCGGCCGGUCCCCCAGGCGAGAAGGCAGAGCCCGGUGAAGACGGUCCUCCUGGUCCAGACGGUCCAUCGGGUCCGGCAGGUCUGGCUGGACAACGCGGUAUCGUUGGACUUCCAGGACAGCGCGGUGAAAGAGGUUUUCCAGGUUUACCUGGACCUUCUGGGGAACCUGGCAAACAAGGGGCUCCUGGUGGACCUGGAGACCGUGGACCUCCCGGACCUGUAGGAUCUCCUGGACUCACGGGACCUGCUGGAGAACCUGGUAGAGAGGGAAAUCCAGGAUCUGAUGGUCCUCCAGGCCGAGAUGGUGCUCCAGGAAUUAAGGGUGAUAGAGGUGACACCGGUCCAGCGGGCUCUCCUGGCGCUCCCGGUGGUCCUGGUGCACCUGGUCCGGUUGGACCCACGGGUAAACAGGGGGACAGAGGAGAGGCCGGACCAAAAGGACCCGCUGGACCUUCUGGACCCGCUGGAGCUCGAGGAAUGCCCGGACCACAAGGGCCGCGGGGAGAUAAGGGAGAGGCUGGCGACACAGGCGAUAGAGGACAGAAAGGACACAGAGGAUUCACCGGUCUUCAGGGUCUGCCAGGGCCUCCUGGCCAGCCCGGUGACCAGGGUGCUACUGGACCUGCCGGACCUGCCGGAGCAAGAGGUCCCCCAGGCCCUGUCGGUCCAUAUGGAAAAGAGGGAACAAACGGCUCGCCUGGACCCAUCGGACCCCCUGGACCUCGUGGUCGUUCUGGCGAGAACGGGCCAGCCGGUCCCCCUGGAAACCCCGGACCUCCCGGUCCUCCUGGCCCAGCAGGGCCUGGUAUCGACAUGUCUGCAUUUGCUGGUCUGUCUCAACCUGAAAAGGGCCCAGAUCCCUUGAGGUACAUGAGGGCAGACCAAGCGGCAGAAGGAACUCCACAGCAUGACGCAGAGGUAGAUGCUACUCUGAAAUCCCUGAACAACCAGAUGGAGAACAUCCGCAGCCCUGACGGUACUAAGAAGAACCCUGCCCGCACCUGCAGAGAUCUCAAACUCUGUCAUCCCGAUUGGAAGAGUGGCGAGUACUGGAUCGAUCCUAACCAGGGCUGCACGGUUGAUGCUAUCAAGGUGUUCUGCAACAUGGAGACGGGUGAGACUUGUGUGUAUCCAAAGCCCUCAAACAUACCACGCAAGAACUGGUGGAGCAGCAAGGGUACAGAACGAAAACAUGUGUGGUUCGCAGAAUCCAUGAAUGGUGGAUUCCACUUCAGCUAUGGAGAUGACAAUCUGGCACCGAAUACAGCGAGUAUUCAGAUGACCUUCCUGAGACUUCUGACCACAGAGGCUUCGCAGAACGUCACGUACCACUGCAAGAACAGCAUCGCCUACAUGGACGAGGCCAACGGCAACCUGAAAAAGGCUUUGCUGUUGCAGGGCUCCAAUGAAGUGGAGAUCAGAGCUGAGGGCAACAGCCGCUUCACGUACACUGUUCUCCAGGACGACUGCACGAAACACACAGGACAAUGGGGAAAGACGGUGAUCGAGUACAAGUCACAGAAGACUUCACGUCUACCCAUCGUGGACAUCGCCCCUAUGGACAUCGGAGGAGCAAACCAGGAGUUUGGUGUGGAUGUGGGAGCAGUGUGUUUCUUAUAAAGACAAAGCAGCGUAGACUGCACUCGGUCCGGAGCGAGAGGGAACAGACGAGAGGAUGAGUUAAAUCAAUGCUGGUGUAGAAUCUGCACUGACUCAUCCAGAGCUCUCUCAUCUCUCUGAGAACAUUACAUUACGCCAGUGACAAAGACGACAUCUUGGGUUUAUUUAUUUAUUGUUAAGGUGCUAUUCCCCCUGUGCAUUUGAUUCAAGUAUUGUACGACAGUGAGUGGCCUACCUAGUAUCCCUUUCCCAUCUUCAUCUAUCAAUAGGCCCAAAAGCAAACUUUUUUUUCUUUAGCAUCACCGUGUAUGUUUGUACUGAUGUGCAUUAGGAUGGUGCUACUCUCACAACACAAGCCGCGUCUCUUUCCCAAACGACGGGAUAGAUCAAUGACAGAUGACUGUCAGCUUUACAGUGUUUUGAAGUCUUACUUACACUCCCUACAGCCCUACUUCAUUCAGUGUUUCAAUGGUUUCUAGUAAGCUACCUCAUGCAGGACGAAACCAUCAGCGAUGGACUAUAACAUCAGCACUGGUCAGAUGGUCCGAGAUAGAAGAUCAGUUCUCAUCCACUGCAGGCUCCUGUAUAUGUGAUCGUUGCAAAGUUGAGGAUUGUUUUAGUCUUGUUUCUUUGGGUUUUGUGGUUUUAUUAAAUGUAAAUGUAAUUGAAAGUUUGAAAACGUAGAACCCACCUAUUGCGUUUCUUGUUGUUGUUUAGAUGCACUCUUUAGAAAUAGGGUACAAGCCAGCUACUCCUGCACAUCAACCCAUCAUGUUUUGUGAAUUUGUUUUCUUCUGAAAUUAAAGGAUUUUAUUUCAGACUCAUGUAUCUGAUGAUUGUCAUAUAGCAUGGGGAACAGAGGUGGGUCGAUCUGUUUCAAUAUUGUUUCCUUGCUGAAGUAGAUCUGAGCACAGCAGUACAUGCUUCACGUUUGUGCUCGUGUGAUGCUUCAGCAGUGCUGCCAUUUUAUGCUCUGGCUGUUUUAUAACAGAACUGACAAUCUUCAAGUAAACUCCAUUAGGAUUAGAGUAGAGCGUCAUAAAUUUGAAGCAGCUCACAAGUAUGACAAGCAGAGAAAGUUUGAAAAGCGAAGAGACAAGAAACCAGAAACCAUCAUCACGUCAUGCAUUUAGCACAUUGAUGUGAUGUUCUGUUUGGAAGGAGUUCUGUCAAUCAUCUCUCAAGCAUCCUCUCUCCUCCUCCACAGCUCCUUCCGGACUUCACUUAAUUGUGUUUGACUUGAAGAAGUGCGCGUACGCAUUCGAGUGUACAGUAAAAGACUUGCAUGCUGAUGACGAUAAGGGUAAAGUUUCACUGUCCUCACUUUGAAUCAGCGACGCACAGAAAUGAAUUUCAUGAAGUAAAUAUUAAUAUAAUGCUUUGGCUCAUAUUGUUUCAGUCAUAAAAACCUCUCCCCUACUCGCUAGGUGCUUUUAUAAACCACACCGUGUUUUAGCAGUAUGUGUGUUCACAGAGAAUUAAACCGCUAACAUAAGACACAUUUAUAUGCAGUUUACUUAUUCAGUUCAAAUCAAGUUUCUUUACACAGCACUUUUCACAAUGUUUGUUGUUGUAGAGCAGCUUUACAUGCGUUAAAAUAAAAUAAUUAAAAGAAACAAAUAUCCACACAAGUGACCAAAGUAUGAUCAAAUAGUGUUCAAGAGCCUCAUUUAUAAAACUUCUCAAAACCGUUGUCAAUUUGAUCAUUUCUCAAAUGUGAGUACUUGUGUGUCACAGAAAAUUGAACAUACAAAAAUAUGUAUGACAACACCUCUCUACCAGAUGUGGUAAAUUGUAAAGAUGAUCAUGUAAUUGUGUGCAGAUCCCCUGUAACCGCUCAAUAAUAAUAAACAUCAU